AGGGAUGUUGAAGAGCAGGGAAUUAAUGCCAGGGAUGCUGAAAGGAUGAAGCGAGAAUUGCAGGCCUUGGAAGGAAUCAUUGCAGAAAUUGAGGAUGCAAGGAAUAAAUGGGAGGAGAAGGGUUGGGAAUUGGACUCUAUGAUGGAACAUAAUUUGGAGAAACUUGAGCAGCUUAUGAUUGAGUGCAACCAAGCUAUGCGAAGGUUAAAACUAGGAAAGGAAUUGCAUUAUCAGUUGGAGGCCAAAGGAUCCUCACUAGAGGAGGUCUUAGGAGUAGACUACAAAUCUAUUCUAAAGCCUGCACUUGCUUCCUUGGAGGAGGAAAUUAAGAAAAGUUCCAUGGAGAAGAUAGAAGCAUUGAUCUCUCUUCAGCAACUAUCUGUGGACAGAACUACUAAAAUUGAAUCGAAAAAGAACCACCUUACCUCUCUUCAAGCUCACAUUGAUGAGGUUGAAGGACAACCUGAGAGAAUACAGAGGAAAACAUUAGAGAUCACAUCUAGAUGUGCAUCUGAAGCAAAAAACAUGGCAGAGAAUAUUGAAGCAGAGGGUCAACGUAUUGAGCUUGUCGAGAAAGAGGCAUCAGCUUUUCUCAAUGCAUUAAAUGCCAAAUUGCAGGAAGUAACGAUACAAAGCGAGAAAGAGGUGCAGGAUUGUGCUCGCCAGUUAUUUGCUACUCUUGAUUCGUUAUCAAAAUAUAAAGAGUAUGUGGCCUUGAAAGCUGCAGUUAUGAGAAACGGUCUCCUUGAAACUGCUUCCACCAUAGCCAACCUUCACAAAGGAGUUUCG